AUGUUGUUCUACUGGAUUGUAGUAAUAUUUUUCAUAUUUAGUCAGUUAGUGUUAAGUUCUAUUACAAUGUCGACAUUGAAAGAACUUGCAGAAUAUGGACAGAGUCUGAACUUGACUGGUGCGGACUUGCAGCAGUUUAUACAGCAACAACAGGCACAUCAGCGUGAGCUACGAGCGGCGGAAAGGGAGAAAGAGAAGCAGGACAGGGAGUAUCAUCUCAGUAGAGAAGCACUUGAAAUUGAGAAACUCAAACUACAGGAAAAGAAAGGUAUGGAAGAGAUUGAGAGUAAAUUCAUGCAAACUAUUCAAACCUUAGAGCAAAAGUUAGCUGUAAAGGAGUCAGAAACGAAAUCAGAAAAUCCUAGUAAUGCAAAGUUUCCAAAAAUGCCUGUAUUCGAUGAAGUUAAGGAUGAUAUUGAUUCUUAUUUGAGACGUUUUGAAAGGUACGCUGCAGCACAGAAAUGGAAGUUUGACAGUUGGGCUGUUAACUUGAGCGCACUACUCAGAGGUCGUGCACUGGAUGUAUAUGCACUGUUGCCGCAGGAGAAAGCGUUGGACUAUGAUGCUUUGAAGACGGCGUUACUAAAAAGGUUUGAAAAGACGGAGGAUGGAUUUCGUCAAAAGUUCCGUAAGAGCAGACCUGAGGUAGGGGAAACUUUUUCACAGUUUGUUGUUCGUCUCGGUAGUUAUCUCGAUAGGUGGAUUGAACUUGGUCGAGUUAACAAGACUUUUGAUGGCCUCUACGAUAUGAUACUCAGAGAUCAGUUUCUGUUCAUGUGUAACAAAGAAUUGACAUUGUUUUUGAAAGAACGCAUACCGAAAAACAUCAGAGAAAUGUGUGAUUUAGCAGAUCAGUUUAGAGAGGCAAGGCAUGUUAACAUUCAGACAUUAGUUCAUUUUAGCAAGAAAGAGAACUCUCCAGGAAAAAGUCAGGCAUCGAGAGAACAGGAACAGCGAGAUCAGAAGCCAGGAUUGAAGUUUCAACCCAUGAAAACUCCAAUGAAGAAAGAAGUUCGUUGCUUCAAGUGUGACAGACUGGGCCACAUAGCAUCUCAGUGCCACCAGACUCAGAAGAACCGGAACUCAUUGAAUGUUGUCGUCGAUCGUACAGAAAAGGAAUCUACGACAAAGAACUCAGAAUUACAAGGCAAGUGUGGAACUUUUACUUCCUUUACAAACACAUCAACAUUUUCGAUGGCGUCAAAUUCAAUGGACCUUGUAAACACUUCAUCGUGUAACGUUAGUGCAUCUCUUGAAGAUAUGCCUACCUGUAAGGGCAAGUUAAAUGAACAUUUUGUGACAGUGCUUAGAGACACUGGUUGUAACGGUGUUGUAGUUCGUAGGGAUUUGAUAGAUGAUGUUCAGCUUACGGGAAAUCAUCGAAUUUGUGUUCUGGCGGAUGGAUCUAGGAUUCAGGCACCUGUUGCGCGAGUGAAAAUAGACACUCCUUACUUUGUGGGUGAAAUAGACGCUUGGUGUUUAGAAAAUCCAUUGUAUUCCUUGAUCAUAGGGAACAUCCCCAACGCAAGAGAUCCAAAGGAUCCGGAUAGAAACUGGACACCUUAUCAAGCGCAUGCAGUAGUGACAAGGCAACAAGCUCAAAAGGAAGGUAAGAAGACUAAAUCUCUUCAUGUUCCAGAUAUUAUUGACGCUGAGAUAUGUCCUGACGACAUCAAGGCAGCACAGGAGAAAGACGAGACGUUAGCCAAGAUACGCUCUUUGGUAGGACAAGACGACGACUCCAAGGUAUCUUACAUUAGUAAAAAAGGUAUCAUUUAUCGUGUCUUCCAGUCAGAUAAACAUCAGAAUGGUAAACGUUUUACACAGCUAGUUGUUCCAAAGAAAUAUAGGACUAAAGUUCUUUCGCUUGCUCAUGAAUCUAUUAUGACAGGUCACCUAGGUACUUCCAGGACAGCCAGCAAAGUCCUUGCAGAAUUUUAUUGGCCGGGAGUUCAAGCGGACGUACGUCGAUUCUGCAGAUCAUGCGACAUCUGUCAACGUACUACUCCGAAAGGCAGGACUACAAAGGUACCACUCGGAGAUAUGCCUAUUAUUGAGGUACCGUUCAGACGUGUAGCUGUCGAUUUGGUAGGACCUAUCCAGCCAGCAACCAGUAAGGGUAAUCGUUACAUUUUGACUAUUGUUGACUUUGCUACCCGUUACCCAGAGGCAAUUGCUUUAAAAGGAAUUGACACUGAACGAGUCGCUGAGGCUCUGGUAGAUGUAUUUUGUAGAGUAGGAGUACCGAAGGAAAUGCUCACGGAUAUGGGGUCACAAUUUACAUCCGAGCUGAUGACAGAGGUUAGUCGUUUACUUUCUAUACGACAGUUAACAACGACACCGUACCACCCCAUGUGCAAUGGACUGGUCGAGCGGUUCAACGGUACAUUGAAGCAGAUACUCCGACGGUUAUGUGCGGAACGUCCUACUGAUUGGGAUAAGUAUCUAUCAGCCUCAUUGUUUGCUUACCGUGAUGCACCACAGGAGAGUCUAGGAUUCUCACCGUUUGAACUGGUUUACGGACACGAAGUUAGAGGACCUAUGAAGAUUUUGAGGGAGUUGUGGACUAAAGAAGUAGCAGAUUCAGAGGUUAGAACUACAUACCAGUAUGUUGUUGAUUUGAAGGAACGACUAGAAGCUACGUGCAGAUUAGCGAGAGAGAAUCUACAAAGUCGUCAGAGA